CCGAUGCCGGAUUUUACUCCUCUUGAUUGAGUUACAGUGGAUUGCUUAUAUGCGUUCCCUCUUCUCACUUCUUCAAGGCCCUUAUAAAGUCUUAGAGGUAUAAAGAUUUUUAAGUCAUGACGUUGACAACGCUCGCUGUGAGAGACAAGAGUGAGGGAGAUCUGAAGUUUGGAAAGGAGCUGAGGAAGCAAUUUCUUUUUGAUCCAAAGUAUUUAAAUUUGAAUCAUGGCUCCUUCGGCACCUAUCCCAACACAGUCCGCGCCGCAAUGCGCUCUUUCCAAGACCAAGCUGAAUCCCGACCCGACGAAUUCAUCCGUUACACGUACCCUAAACUCCUCGACCAGUCGCGGUCUGCCAUCUCCACCAUUCUCAGUGCCCCGGUCGAAACCCUGGUCUUUGUCCCCAACGCUACUACCGGCAUUAACACCGUUCUCCGCAACCUCGCCUUUGAGCCUGGAGAAAAGAUUAUCUACUUCGCCACUAUUUACGGAGCAUGUGAGAAGACUGUGACUUACAUCACUGAAACCACCCCUGCGGAAUCGGUGAAAAUUGAAUAUACGUAUCCGGUGGAAGAUGACUGGCUUGUUGACGAAUUUAAGAGGAAAGUGGCUGCGGAAAAGAGCCAGGGAUGUAGAGUUAAGGUUGCGAUUUUUGAUACUGUGGUCAGCAUGCCAGGUGUAAGAAUGCCUUUUGAGAAACUAACGGAAGCGUGCCGAGAACUGGGCGUUCUAAGUUGUGUGGAUGCGGCUCAUGGGGUUGGCCAUGUGGAACUAGACCUCGCGAAGCUGGAUCCAGAUUUCUUGGUCAGUAAUUGUCAUAAAUGGCUCUUCGUCCCCCGGGGCUGCGCAAUCUUCUACGUCCCACUACGCAACCAGCCCCUUCUCCCCUCCACUCUCCCUACAUCACACGGCUUCAUCCCCAAACCAAAGCCCGGUGUUACAAUCCACAGCCCGCUCCCUAAAAGCUCCAAAUCCUCCUUUGUCACGAACUUCGAAUUCGUUGGAACCAUUGACAACGCGCCAUAUCUCUGCAUCCCAGAUGCCCUCAAAUUCCGCUCUAGCAUUGGCGGCGAACGGAAAAUUAUAUCAUACAACCACACGCUCGCCAAAUCCGCAGCUAGCCACGUCGCAGAAGUCCUCGGUACGGAGGUCCUUGAAAACGCAACUGGCACUUUGUCGAACUGUUGCCUAUCGAACGUGCGUCUCCCGCUAGCUCUUCUAUCAAUUGAAAAGAUCGCAGUCGAAAACGGAGUGCAGAAAGCCAGCGUGGGAAAUUUUGUUAGAGAUUGGAUGAGCAAGGCGGUGAUUGAUGAUUAUGAUACGUUCAUGGCUUUUAUGUUCUAUGGCGGAAAUUGGUGGGUGCGGUUCAGUGCGCAGGUGUAUCUUGAGAUGUCAGAUUUUGCGUGGGCGGCGGAGAGGUUGAAGGGGUUGUGUCAGAGGGUGGAGAAGGGUGAGUUUUUAGGGGUGAAGAGUAGGCUUUAAAGGUGUUGGCGGUGUAGUAGACAGCGUGUUAAGGGCCUUCCGCAAAACGCUAGCAGCGAAAAGGAAUCCUUGACACUUACUAAUAUUUCCACGGGAACCGCUUAGACAAUGGUUCCUUUUGUCCCAAUUUACUAUCCUAAUUU